AGAGGGCAUAUGAGAGAGCUCGAGUACAAAACACUUACAAACCUGUGUUCACCGUCUAUAAUUUUCGUUCUAAAUGGAUAGAUAGAUUCUUGCGGAAAGAGAGUGUAAUUGAAGGAGUGAGUAAGAAAGAGAGAGAGAGAGAGCGGGAACGAAAGGAGAAGUAAAGCAGGAGUUAAAUCCUUUGGUAAGAACAGGUAGAAAGAAAGUAGAAGAACAUACAAAAUGGAUACGUUUACCAAAAUGGAAACAAACAGCUUUUCGGAUAAAGAAGAAUAUGAGAUAAGAUCAUCUAAAUCAACGGAUUGCGGGUCAAACAGAAAUAGAGCAAAGUUAUUCUUAGUUGUUAUCAUAAGCUUUGUAAUUGCCGCUAUUAUUGUUUUAAUAGUUGUCGUAACUAGAGCUGAAAGACCUGAUUCUAAUAGUUCGAUUGGUGGAGAUGAAGAUGCCUGUACGGAUGUUAGUAUUAUUGGCGCUGGUUUAGCAGGUUCCUACAUAUCUUGGAAAUUUAGAAAUUCGUCAAAAAAAGUUCAUCUUUACGAAAUGAGAGAGAGACUUGGAGGACGUUUACUUGACACGAAUUUUAUGCCAUACAUUAAUGAAACCAUACCUGUAUUAAGCAAUUUUAUCAAUCCUGAGCGAGAUACCAGACUAAAUAGUCUAAUUAACGAAUUUGGUCUAAAGAUUAAUAAACUAACAGAGAGAAAAGUUUUUUAUUACUUAAGGAAUCACUUGAAAUCUGAAAAGAAUAGAAAUAAUGGUAAUCUCCCUUAUUUCUUCGACGAAGACGAAAAAGGAUUGUCUCCAGAAAGUUUACAAAAAUACUAUAUUGAGCAAAUUUUAGGACAUUCGCUAAACAUAUCGAAUGUAUCUAGUUUAUGUUUACUUAAGGAAACGGAUAGGAAAGUCCUUUUGUCUUCGGACUUUUCAAACGGACUAGAAGGAUACGCUUCGUCCGAAGGCAUUAAUUGUCUAUUAGAUACCUUAGGUGUAAACGCUCCAAAUCCAACAAGUAGUCUUGGAUACCUUGGUGAAUAUUUAGCCAGGGAAUUUACCGAUUCCCAUCAAUUGGACAAAGCCGAUAAUCUGGCCGAAUUACUUGUUAAAGACUUUAAAAAACUUUCAACGUUCUACUCGCAUAAAUUGGAGCAGAUAGAAAAGAAAGGUGAUAUAUUCAGGCUAAAAUUUACCUUGACUGCCAAUGAAAAUGGGCAAUUAAAGAAGCAAAAAUUGAGCUUUGCUUCAUGUACGAAAAGGCUUAUUCUUUCCACACCGAAAAGUUCUAUUGAGGAUAUAGAAUGGAAAGGAAUUAAAGAUGAUAAAUUGUUCAAGGAAACAAUGAACUCUUUAAAAACUAGAGAAAUAACAACAAUACAUUUAAUAUUUAACGAAACAAUUUGGUCGGAUAAAUUUUCGUGGAUCACAACAGAUUUACCUCUUCAAAGGAUAUCUCAAAUUCCAUUUAUUAGAUCAUUUAAUAUGCCUGUACUUGAUCAUAUUAAUUCCAAAGAAAAUUCAUCUUCAUCCCACUUGAAUAACAAUUCUACUACUGCUCCACCUUCGGGAAAUUAUCAAACACCUCAACCUGUACAAAGUGAUGAAAAAUUGUAUUUAUUAUCCAUAGACAGCCACGAGAAGUUUUUUACAUAUUGGGAAAGCUUGAAGACUGACGACGAACUGUUGAAUCAUAUAAAGAUUCAUCUUAGUCGUAUAUUCUCUGUAGAUAGAAAUGCCAUACCAGAUCCAUUAUAUAUGAGAAGAGCUACGUCAGGGAGUAAAUUCCCAUUCUAUAGUAAUAAAUACUUAUGGAAUAAGAAAGUAGAUUGGUGCCAUAUUAGAAAAGCCAUGUUUAGACCAGUAUCUCAUGAACAAAUAUUCAUUGUAAAUGAUUCGUUUGAUACUGUUCAAAAUCAACAAAGUUUAGAGACGCUAUUAAAGAACGCAGAUGAUGUCCUAGAAACGUACUUUAGUGAUUUUCUAACUUAG